UCAUCAAUAUCCAUCUCUAAAACAUAAACACACACAAAAAAAAAGGAAAAAUAAGCAAACAAAUACAACUAACACAAUUUUUUUUCAAGAUUCAAGCAAUGGUGAAGACAGAGCAAAAAAGUCUAUCAAUGUCAGUAUCAUCAUCAUCAUCAACAACAGCAUCAAGCAAUAACAAUAACAUGAAGACAAAGAAGAAUAAGUACAAAGGAGUUAGAAUGAGAAGCUGGGGAUCAUGGGUAUCAGAAAUAAGAGCACCCAAUCAAAAAACAAGAAUCUGGUUAGGUUCCUAUUCUACCCCUGAAGCUGCUGCUAGAGCCUAUGAUGCUGCACUUUUAUGCCUAAAAGGCCCCUCUGCUUCUUCAAAUCUCAACUUCCCUUUCAACUCUACUUUCUAUCAUCACAUUGAUCAUCACACUUGUACAACACUCUCUCCUAAAGCCAUUCAGAGAGUGGCCGCGGCUGCCGCGGCCACUCCUGAACAACAAAAUAUAGGGUUAGUACUGUCAGAUAAUAAUAACGACAGUACUAACCCUACUAUUUCAUCUCCACCACAAUCUUCCACUUCUUCAGAGGAUAUAAAUGAUGGUUGUUUAUUAUCAAAUAUUAAUACGUUUGAUCAAGAGAUGUCAAUGAUUGAACAAUGGUACAACUUUGAUUCACCAAAGUACAAUGACAUGUUACAUGGUACAAUUUUCUUUGAUCCACCUUCAAUGGAGGAGGUUUAUUAUGAAGAAUCAUCAGCAGAUAUACCUUUAUGGAGUUUUUGCUAAUCAUCAACAUCUCACUUCCAAUUAUUUAAUUAUUCUUUGAAACAAAAAAAAAAGUUUUUUUUUUUUUUUUUAAUUUUUACAUGUGAUGUCAAGUUAAUUUUUUUUUCUUGAACAACAUCACUUACAUAAACUAAUUUUAUUUUGAAUUUAUUACUAUUAUUAGGGAGAAAAGAAAAUUAGGGACAAUACAUACAGAGAGAGAAAUCAUAUUUUCUGGACUCUCCCAUGUGAGUUCCUAGAAAAUUCUUGUUAAAGAUAUAUAUAUUCUUUUUAUAGAAGUGUGUCAUAUGCUGUAUCAUUUAUUGUGUAUUCAAAGUGCAAUAAAAAAAUGAUGGGAAAAUAUUUUAUUUUAA